AUGCUAAGUGUUAUGCAGAUAUUACAAGUUAAUUUAUGUAGAGACAAGGGGGCUAGUGAUUUACUAGAACAAGCUAUAAACGAAAGGGAUAUAGAUAUCGCGGUAAUAGCGGAGCCAAAUGUUAAUUAUGUAAAGAGGAGGCAGUGGCUGGUUGAUGAUAGGACAGAUGUUGCCAUAUGGUUACGAAGUCCCAGGAUCAGGAUAAACAGUGUAAGUAAAGGACAUGGAUUUGUACGGAUAAAGGUGGAUGACCUACAAUUAUAUGGAUGUUACUUCAGUCCUAACAGGGAUAUGGAGGAGUUUGAUGGCUUCCUCAACAUAUUGAGGGAUGAGACGAGGAGAUACUAUGGACAUAAAAUUGUCAUGAUGGGAGAUUUUAAUGCUAAGUCUCCGGCGUGGGGUUCACCAAGGAUAUGCCUGAGGGUUGAAAUUUUUUGCAGAAAUAAAUCUGCAGGUGCUUAA